AUCAUUGCUUUAUGAAUGUGAAGUUUAAAUUUUACAUUGAUUGAUGAAAAAUUUCAUCAACUCAUGUAACUAAAUCCUUGCUUAAUGAAAAUGUUCAUCAACUUAUGAAAAAAAAAAGUUGGCUUUCGAAAAUUUUACAUUCACUGAUGAAAAAUUAUUACAUUUUGACAUGAAGAAAAUAACACUCCAGGGCUGUAGCUUAAAGGCCCGAAAUGUAAUAGUGGUAUUGAAACCUCGAAAAUAUUGGAAUUUAUACCUACAUGCCCCUAUACAUGAUUGAAAUUAUGGCUCAAUUAAUAUCAACACUUACAUCAUACGCGAGGUUUUUUUGUGAAAUUGAAAUUGCUGCUCUCUAUUCAGUAACUACUUGGGAAGUACCAACAAUUAGUUUGCAAGAAACAAAUGUAAUUUCAUUUCUUAAAUGGUUAGUGAAGUGAGUAAGUUUUACAUCGGACUUCACUUGUACUAAUAUUGGGAAACGAAAAACAUCGCAUACGACUGUUCCUAACGACUAUAGUCGAAUACGAGUCAAAAGUACGAGUUGCAGAAUAUGGGUGAUUAUUGCGAAAACAUUGUGGACGAACUACACCAAACAAUUACAUUCGUAUAUUUAACACCUAUGUAAAGAAAUCUGAGGUUAUAAUUCAAAAUGAUUAAAAAACUUUGUAAUUUUUUCUUGUGGGGCUCCUGAAGGAUUCACUCAUGUAUAUAAUUUCUUUUCAUAGCCGCUCUUGUUUUGUUACAGACGCAUUUUAAUUUUCUUGAAAUUACGAAAAACUUUAUGAAUUUAUGAAAAAAAAUUGUUGUUUAAUGAAAUUCAACAUCAACUAACGAAAAACUACAUCAGCAUAUAACAAAAAAAUUGUAGCCUUAUGAAGUUUAUAAUAAAAUAAUGAAAAUCUUCAUAAAUUUAUGAAAAUAAAUUGUUGUUUUAUGAAAUUUUACAUCGUUUUACGAAGAACUACAUCAACUUAUGAAAAUAAAUCGUUGCCUUAUGAAAAAUUACAUAAAAUAAUUGCGGAAAAAGGUUGUUAAUGUUUGGUGCUUUGGUCUGCAGUCUGUGAUAAGUUUUGGUGAGUGUCGGAUGUGCUUUGCAUUUUUUCCUUUUUUGUCGUGAAAAUGUAUAUAUGUACAUAUAAAUUUUAAAUUAAAUAACAAAAAAAAUUUAUUUCAAAAGGCAGAAGUGUUAGUUCAAUUAAAAUAAUAUAAAUGUGUCAAUUACAGGAAAUUAAUACGGGCUUACAUACAUAAUAAAACCAAAUUAAGCACCCUCAUUGGUCAAAAACGAAUUUUACCUUCAGUAAAUAUCAGGUAUGUACAUAAAUAAAUCAAAAGUUUUCUUUAAAUCUCUACUGAAAAGGUGAACUAUACAAUCUUAGACAAAAUUUGUUUUAUGACUUCUGUUCCCAUUUUUGAAACUCAAGUUUGUAUCGUUUUUAAUAGAAAAAGUCAGUAAUUUUACGCCUCGGAACAAAUUCUUUCAAAAGUAUUCAAUAUUAUUAUCUCCAUACCUACAUACAUUCAAGAAAUUCCACAUUUCUUGGCCUACGAUAUAAAACCUGAUAUCUUGGGAGAGUUCACUAUAUUGAAUUUUAAUGAUCUCGUGGGGCCACCAUUAAAUUGUAUAAAAACAUCAAAGGGGAGAACCAUGAUCAAGAUUAAGGAAUAUUUUUCUGUAAAUAUCUUAAACAAAAAUUGGUUUGUUUCAGUUUUUAAAAGUCAAGAAAUCUUUCCACCACAAUCAAAAUGAACCAAACAUUUGAAAAUGACAAACAACACAAUCAACUUAAUUUCUCAAAUACCUCAAGCAACCUUAAUAUUUUGUCUAAUGAAUCCAUUCAAGAAGUUAACUUAUGUGCUCUACAAUUAAGUUUUGACCAAAUGAUAAACCAACCAAAUAACCAAGAUCAAGAACAACUUAAUUUCAGUAGUAUCAACUCAGAAAGCGUAUCAUUGACUGGGUUUCCAAGUAACUUGCAGGACAAUAUUAGUAUGACCAUUACUAAUAAUACUUUGACAGAGAGCAACGACAAAGAAAAUGAGUUAAGGCAACUUCUCACAAGCUGGAACUUAUUUAUUUGGUGAAUCAAUUUAUAGGUAAAACACAUUUCAACAAUCUAUUUUAAUAAUUUCGAUAGUAAUACUAAUGUUUUUUUGUUUUAUAAAGAACAAAAAAUAUUCGUUAAUGUAUUAAAGGUCAUGAAAACGAGACAUAUUUACUUGUACUUAAAAAAUUUGGAGGACGGAGAUAAAAUUAUCUUUGAGCAUAUGUUGGAACAGUGGAGGGAAUCUAUCGGACUUCCUAUUGAAAAAGAUCCCAUGAACAGUAGUUUUUACUCGGAAAAAUCUAUGACACCAACUCAAUCUCCAAGCACCAGCAGACAAUCAUCUCCAUACCCAAAUCCUUCCAGUCAAGGAGAGGAAUACGAAAAACAGUUUGUAAACAUCUCAAUGAUCUUAAACAAUACAGCAAGAAGACAGUUUUUAGUCAACCAUUACAAUUCUUGCCAAAAGUUUGGUGAGGAACAAAGAAAAAUGCUGAUAAAUACAAUUGUAUCUUAUUUUGAGGAGAACCAUGCCGUUUUCACCUUCAGGGAUAGCCGUAGGAUCGAAAAGGAGAUCGUUGAAAGAUUCCCCACUGAAAAUCUUGAAUACUACCGAACGUCAUCCAGAGGGCGAAUAUACAACAAAUUUUCGAAUAACAAGAAGUCGUUUCGCCUAUCUGGAAGUCCUUGUUUUUUAGAACCGGAAGGAAACAAUCCAGUACUUGAUUCUGAAUCAAACGCUUAGGAAAUAAUUAGAUCAAUCAAGUUCGAUAACCUGACAGCGGAAGAGUUUGAUAGGUAUUGGCAGGCUUGCACAAACUACCGUCUUAAUGAAAUACAAGCUUGUAGUUCAACGGCUGAGGCCUUAGAAAAGUGGCCAUAUUAUAAAAAGCCUCUUGGUUUUCGACUGGUAAUACAAAAUGAAAAUCAUAUUUUCAUUGACUUUUUAAUAAAGUUAUUUUAUUAAAUAUAGAUUGAUAUGGACUUUAAAGUUCUUCACUGUUGGACAACUGGGAAGCACAAAGAACAAAGAUUGCUUUGUU